GAUUCCCAUUAUCCCAUAGCUUUCUCUUUUUCCUCUCUCCCCACGGCCUCUCCUGUAAACCAACAUAAAGAAAAGUUGAAAGCCUUAGAUUACAAAGCAAUGGAGAAAUUUGAACAAGCAUCAGAAGAUAAAGCGAUGAAUAUUGUAGUUGCGGUGGAUGCGAGCCAAGAGAGUAUGCGUGCCUGUGAAUCUGUUGCUCACUCAUACAAAUUCUCAACAGAGCUAUAAAUUCACGCUGCUUCAUGUUCAGCCCCCUGUUUCUGUUACCUCUGGCCCUGCGUACAUUUUGAGCAGCGAGGUGUUUUAUCUUCUUGAAUGUGAGGAACUGAAGACUACCCACAAGAUAUUUAAGCAAGCUCUGGAUAUCUGCAAUCGUUACAAUGUGAGGGCGGAAACCCAUGUUGUGAUUGGGGAGCCAAAAGUCAAGAUCUGUGAAGCUGUUCAAAAGUUGGGAGCACAUUUUCUAGUGAUGGGUAGCCAUGGCCAUGGUCCUUUCAUCAGAGCAAUCAAGGGAAGCGUGAGUGAUUACUGCUCUAGAAAUGCUAUGUGUCCAGUGGUCGUUGUUAAUAAAAAGGCUUUCUGAUGAUAGAAAUGAAUAUUCUAUACCCAGCUUGCAGGUAAGGCUGUACUUCAUCAUACAUAUGCACUUGCAGAGGAGGUUUUGAGAAACAGAAGAGGAGACAGGAUUGGGGUUAUGAGAAUGCCACAUCGCUGCAUUUUUCCAUUCCUACGAACAUUAUGUGAUGAAUUGAGGAAUUUUAGUUAAUGAAAGCUAAUCCCUUUUCCGAUUAUCUUAUAGUCCUAGGCCAUAGGCCAUGCUUCAGAUCACAUUGAAUCUACAACAAACACUAAUGGCACUGCAAUUACAAUUUGCACCUAUCUAGUCUACCAACAAUUUGAAUGUCAAAUAGAUUAUGUCUUUCUCAUUUACGGUUUACUUCAGUCAUAUAAUAUGGUCAAAUUCUACAUUAUUGUGUCUAAACCUUCUAUAUUUUAGACCAAGAGCACUGAAUACCCUAUAAAUGUGUAUUCUUAA